AUGGUGUCGGUGGCAGGUGGCAUCAUCAUUGCCAUUGUCGUGGUCGCCCUGGUGGCGGUAGUGGGAUGGAUUGUUUUCACGCAGUACCGCGCACGCAGACUCGGCCUCCCUACGCCGAGCAUCUCGUCAUACCUCCCCUGGAAGAAACGAGACACGCCCUACGGGCCACCUCAGCCCGCGCCCGGUGGUGUCAAGGGCUGGUUCAGCGACCAGGUCCGCAAGUUUAAGAAUCGCAACAACCGGUCCGCCGCCGGCGCGUACGAGCCCUCCAACCGCGGCGCCGCGCGAGGCGCCCACCGCGCCCUGGACCCCGACGAGGCCUGGGACACGCGCGUCGGCACAGAGGCCGAUACAUACGGCUACUUUGAGGAGGAGCUGACGGCACGCGGGGCUGGCGGGGCUGGCCGUACCAGCACCGAGUACCACGGCGGCGGCAGCAGCUACAACAUGAACCUGGCCGCCACGCCUGGCCGUGAGCGCGACGAGGAUGAGAUUGACCUCGAGAGGGGUCGCCAGCCCUCGCGAAGCCCCGGCCGCGGCCCCCACGGCAACAACCCCUUUGACGACGACCACGCUGACAGCCUACGCGGCGUCAGCCCCCGGCCAAUCGACAACGGACAGAAGAGCGGCAGCCCCUCACGUCACUCGGUGUUCAAGGAGAAUGUAUAA